UUGCACCUGCCACCGGUAUUUCUUCGUCACACUUGAGAGAGUCCUUUGUCAAAAGGAUGAAUCUCCCUAUAUAAGUGAGCCCCGCGAUCCAUGCCUCAGUGCAUUUUUGUGACCGGUAUAACUUCGUAUAGCAGCAAUGUCCACGCAUCUCUCCGCGGACAUUUUGAGUCUACUCGACGGUCCUUCGGACCUGGAGUGCAGUGGUGUUGUGGCACACGCCGACCCACUCCCGUCUACAUGUACUUCGCUCUCUGCCGCCGGUGGAAAUCCACCGGUCGUUAAGGCCAAGGCGAAGUCAAAGAAAUCAACCAGAUCCUCGGACGAGGUCACCAGACAAGAGUUUGCGUCUCUUCAAGACAAGAUUUCAACGAUGGCAGACGCAAUGCAAACUCUCCAGUCUACAGUCUUGGCUUCGUUGGGGAACCCGCCAACGAAGAAACAAAAAGUCGACCAUGCAGUAGCAGACCAAGCAGCAAGCUCAUCGAGCGACGAGUCGUUUGCAACGGGCCAGCUAAUCGACAACCUUCUCAAAUCCGAUGCCGAUGAUAAUUCAUCAGCCGGGGUACUCACCGCAGUAGAACAGUUCUACUCUGGAGAAGAUUCUGGGAACAAGGUUGACGAGAAACUAGCGGGCGUCAUCAGCAAACUACUCCGCAAGAAAACAUCAGAAGAGAAGGUAGCGGAGAAACUUAAUAGUUUCAAGCGACCAUCUAACAUUCCAGAAAUGGAUGUUACCAGAGUUAAUCCAGAAAUCUGGAAUUCUCUGCAGUCCAAGACAAGAUCAAUGGACAUCAAACUACAAAAGGUUGAACAUGCAGCACUGAAAGGUAUGGUGCCCAUUGUGUCAUGCAUUGAGACUCUAAUGAGUAACAAGAGCGUGGAUCACAAAACGCUUGUGACUAAUCUACUGGAUUCAAUGGCUAUAAUUGGCCAUACCGUCACCCAGCUUAAUUUCAGGCGUAGAGAGCUUAUCAAGCCCGAUUUGAACCAGCAGUAUUCGUCUCUUUGUUCUGCACAAGUGCCCGUAACCGGGCUCUUGUUUGGAGAUGAUUUACCCAAACAGUGCAAAGAUAUUCAAGAAACGAAUAAACUAGGCCAAAAAUUUGGCCAGCGUUCGAGUUCGUCUGCUGCUCCGAAAUCGGAUAGAGCAAGACAAAGGGGAAAUGCUAAGACUUUCCACACGUACAGCGGGCAAACGCGGCAGGGAAACUCCAGUCGCCCAAAACGUUGGCAGAAAAGAAAGCCAGCACAGACACGGCAGCAGUCCGAUGCCAAGUAAAAUCGGUGAGUGAGCACCAAUGUGAUAACACUCAGGUUGUGGGGUUAUUGGCAGGUAAACUCGCAAAUCAUAUAGCCAA